ACGCAGGGUUGAGCGCCAUGACGCCACGAAGAAACAGGCAAUCAACGUUAUCGUAUUGGAAUAUAUUUACGCGGCUCUUCCGUUUAUCCUGCCGUGGCCGUUCCGUGUCUGAUUGAGCCAUGCGACGUUUUGAUACUCUACAAUAAAGUGCUCAGUAUGGCACUCAAAUUAAUGUGGUUGGCUCUUGGAGUGGUCAGGGUACUGUGGUGCUUGGCACCACAAACAGGCUACAUACAUCCUGAUGAAUUUUUUCAAUCUCCAGAGAUCAUGGCAGGUGAUAUUUUGAACCUCAAAACGUUUCGUACUUGGGAAUUUAAUACCAGUUACCCCAGCAGAUCAGUCCUUUUCCCAUUGAUCACUGCAGGCUUUUCAUUUACGGUACUUAAAGCCUUAAACAAUACUGGCCUUUUUGAUAACAUUAUAAACAGUUACACUUUAUUGAUUUUCCCCAGAUUCUACCUGACAUGCCUGUCUUUUAUAUUGGACUAUUCUGUAUACCAUUUAGCCUGUGUCUGGAGAGUAGAUCCAUGGAAAACUUUGACACUGUUGGGUGGGUCACACGUCAUGUUGGUUUUUUACACUAGAACAUUUUCAAAUGUUAUAGAAGCAGAUUUGUUUGCAUUGCUACUGUUGUUGGUAGCUAUGGACACAAAGCAAGCAAAUGUGGGCCCAGGUACUGGAAAAGAGGACAGAUGGAACAAUAAACAUCUUAUUGGGAUUGUUUUAGCCUCUGGGUUUUUUAAUAGGCCCACGUUCAUUGCUUAUGCUUUAGUGCCGAUGUUCCUGUGGCUUUCUCGUGAUCAGAAAGGCACAUUUCAAUUCAAUUUAAACCACUUCAUGACAAAUUGUGUUGGCAUUUUCAUUUCUGCAAUUGCAACCAGUUUUCUUUUCAUUGUGACAGAUGCACUGUAUUUUGGGUCAUUGUUGUCCAAAUGGGACUGGCUUUCGAAAGAUGGGAGUACUGUGUACAAACAUAUUGUUGACAUAAGCCAACAUUUAGUUUUAACCCCUGUCAAUCUUAUUUUGUAUAACUUAGAUCAAAAAAGCCUUAUUGCACAUGGUAGUCACCCUUGGUUUACACAUUUAACACUGAAUAGUUUUCUGUUGUUUGGUUGCCUUCAUUUGUCUGUUGUUGUAUCUGGUACCAAAAUGAUGAUCAGCAAGUUUGCCUGCAAAGCCAGCUCUUAUACUUCUCGCAAAAACCAUUUGGAAAAGAAAUUGUCGGCACAGCUGUCUUCGACUUCCCACUUCGAUGUGUAUUUGUUCCUUGUCUAUUUAAUCCCCAUCAUUGUUCUAUCAUUGUUUAAUCAUCAGGAACCAAGGUAUAUUAGCCCACUCAUUGUGCCACUUGUUAUUCUCAGUGCUCCAAAAUGUGAUAUGUUCCAAUGGAAAGUUAUUAUAGUACUGUUUAAUAUCUUGGGGUCAGUGCUAUUUGGCUGUUUGCACCAAGGUGGUCUAAUUCCUUCUCUGUCCUACUUGGAGAAAACUCUUCAUUCAAAGAAUCAUGUGGCUAAGCAGUACGAGUAUGAUUUGGUAUUUUACCAUACCUACAUGCCUCCUAGAUAUCUUCUGAACAUUAACUCAAACCAAGAGUUCAUCAGAAUCAUUGACCUGGGUGGGUCAGAUGUGCAGGUGCUCAACAGCACAGUGAAAGGGCUGCUUGACGAUAGAUAUUCCAAACAUUUUGGGAAGAAUCAGGAAAGGAAUAUCUAUAUCAUUGCACCUGGUACUGUUCAAAAUGAUAUUGAUAACUGUGGAUUUUAUUGGAAAACUGUGAAGUCCUUCUUUCCCCAUUUAACUAUGGAAGAUCCUCCUCACGUUCCUUCUCUUCUGUCAAAAAAUGGAUUAAGCCAGCUGAGUCUUUACAUUUUUGAGGUGCAUAUAAAGUCAAAGAACUCUGAAACCUAGUUUUAUUUUUGGUGUUUUCCUGUCAUCUAUUGUACAGUUAACCUGGAACAUGGACUGAUUGUAAAAGAACAUGAAUGCUUUAACAGAACUUCACAUUAUUCACAACAUCUGAAGCCUGAACACAACAGAAUAAGCAUGUUGUCAUUUUUUUAACAAAUAAUCAUAGAAUUGCUGUGUAAAAGAAACGCAGGAAAAAAUAUUUUGGUUUCUACAGACUGAUUAUCUUGGAAUCGGGGUACUUGGGAAAUAUAUAUAUUUCACACACACAUAUAUAUAUAUAUAUAUACACACACACAC